GCCCACGUCUCACCACCUAUGCUCGCACCAGAUGGAUAUCCGCAGACACGUAUCUCUUCCAGAGUCCAGACUCACACGUGUGCAGCUGCAUGAACACAGCUCACUCCCUUAAGAACAGCUCAAUUCGCAACUGUCUCGUGCAACCCAGAGUCCAGACACAAAACCACCCAAAAAAACAAAACAAACCUCCCAAAUUACAGACCCAUGGCGUCGUCGUGCCACAACGUGGAUGUGCCCGGUAAGCCGACGGAGAAGGGCACGGCGCUGCUGGAGACGGCGACGGGCACCAUCCAGGGGUUCGCGCCGCUGAACCAGAUCCACCAGCACCUGUGCGCGUUCCACUUCUACGCGGACGACAUGACCCGGCAGGUGGAGGCGCACCACUUCUGCGCGCACCUCACCGAGGACGUGCGCCAGUGCCUCGUCUUCGACGCGCCCGGCGCCGACGCGCGGCUCAUCGGCGUGGAGUACAUCGUCUCCGAGAAGGUGUUCCUGACGCUGCCGGACGACGAGAAACCGCUGUGGCACACGCACGAGUUUGAGGUUAAGGGCGGGUUGCUGUUCAUGCCGGGCGUGCCCGGCAUGGUCGAGCGCCAGGACCUGGAGAAGGUGUGCAAGACCUACGGCAAGGCCAUCCACUUCUGGCAGGUGGACCGCGGCGACGCGCUCCCGCUGGGGCUCCCGCAGAUCAUGAUGGCGAUCACGCGCGAGGGACAGCUCCGGCAAGACCUGGCUGAUUGUGUGGAGAAGAAGCUCAGCUUGUCGUUCCAGAAGGAGAGGGAGAACCGGGCGUACAUGAGCGGGCUGGACCACGGCAUACACCCGCUGGCGAACGCCGCCGGCAAGGGCCUCAAGACCGAGAUCCGUGUUGUCGAUAUUUCGGCGAACACGAAAGCCAGUGCCGGGAGGGUGUUCACUUGAGAGUGACGACCGACGGUUGUAUGCUGGGAGAUAGGAUGUUUAAUGGUGCCACCCCUGGUCUGUACUUCUGUACGAGUGUCUGUUUGCUUUCCGACUCCGUCCUCUGAUCUGUGGAAACUGUGAAUUUCGGCGUAAUAAGAGUUUAAGUGCUGGUAAUUUGUGUUUAAUUAGAUCAUCAAU